AUGCGUUUGACGGAGGAAAAAAACACCGAUAUUUCCAACUCUACCGUAUCGAAUCUAAUUCGUGGAGGGUUCUUACGUCAAUCCCGAGUGGACGAUACACCACCACCAGCAACGUGGCGUGACAGUCAAGGGAAACACUUACCUUGUUGCUCAAGACAAGUCAUCGCCAACAAUAGCAAAGAAACCUUGGCUCUGUCUAGCGUUAGAGAUGAGCAGCUCGCUUUGUUAUAUCAGUCUCCCACUAGUUUGGAUUUUUGGAUUACAACUAAAAUCGAGCCCAAUGCGGUUUCUUUGAGCAAGUUUGUCAAAGUGGAUACGCAAUGGCUCUCUGGUUUUACGGCUAACUUCUGUGGUGGGAGCUUCUUCGUUGACGAGGAGAAGAAACUCGCCGUGGUGGUGGUUCCCUAUUUGCCUAAAUCCUAUCUAAGUGUAUAUAAACCCAUCAAGACUUGUCGCCCCCUAGCUUCUCUUUAUGUCAUGGGAGAUGCUCAUGGUGGAUACUUGAAACCUUUGAAUAUUAUUGGACAAGCUACCAAAUCCCUCGGAUACUUCUACCAAUUUUCCUUCUCUCCUUAUGUUCCAAGUUUAGUUCAAAUCAACCACAAGAAAAGGAAACACGGAGGUUUUUAA